AUGCGCAGUAACGGCGCGGGCGGCCGAGGCGCUGGGUCGGUCGGAGUUUUUCGCUCGCUGCCUUGUCCCCCCCUUGCCAUGGACGUGAAGCGUCUGAAGGUGACUGAGCUGCGCGCUGAGCUGGGUCGCCGUGGUCUCGACUCCCGUGGGCUGAAGGUGGAGCUUGCCCAGCGGCUACAGGAGGCCCUGGACGCCGAGAUGCUGGCGGCCGGGCCCGAGGAGGGCGGCGCUGCUGGGGCCUGCUCUGGGGUGGAGCCGGGGCCUGCGGGGGGCCCGGUCGGAGCCCAUCCGCGUGGGGAGGGCGACGACGACGAGGACGAAGAGGAGGAGGAGGAAGAAGAAGAAGAGGAGGAGGAGGACGAGGAGGCGCUGUUGGCUGACGAGGAGUCUACGCCGGCCUUGGGCGGGGAGGCCCAGCCUCAGCCCGGGCCCCAGGAAGAGGCGGCCCAGGCCCAGGCGCAGUCCCAGCCCGAGGGGAGCGACGGGGGCGGCAUGAAUGGAGCCGAGCAGACGCAGGAGGAGGGGCCCAGCGGGGACGAGGCGGCGGCGGCCGAGGCUGAGAGCAAAGAGGGGGGCGAGGAGCCCGCGGACGAAGAGGAUGAAGAUAAAUCAAAGCCAACAGGCUCAGAUGGAGAGCGGCGAGGGGUUAAGAGACAACGUGAAGAAAAAGAAGAACAUGGCCGUGCUUAUUAUGAAUUCCGAGAGGAGGCUUACAAUAGCCGGUCUAAGUCUCCACCACCACCAGAAGAGGAACCGAGAGAGGAAGAUGAUGAAACUGUUGUGAUCCUGGACACAUAUACAUCUGAUCUCCACUUCAAAGCCAGCAAGGACCGCUAUGGAGGACAACCUCUCUUCUCAGAGAAGUUCCCCUCCCUUUGGUCUGGGGCAAGGAGCACCCAUGGAGUGACAAAGGGGAAAGUCUGCUUUGAGGCAAAGGUAACACAGAAUCUCCCAGUGAAGGAAGGCAGUACGGAGGUCCCGCUUCUUCGGGUUGGAUGGUCUGUGGAUUUCUCUCGUUCCCAGCUAGGUGAGGAUGAGUUUUCUUAUGGCUAUGAUGGACGAGGGUUGAAGGCUGAAAAUGGGCAGUUUGAAGAGUUUGGUCAGCCCUUUGGGGAGAAUGAUGUGAUUAGUUGCUUUGCGAACUUUGAGAGUGAAGAGGUGGAGCUGUCCUUCUCCAAGAAUGGGGAGGAACUGGGAGUGGCCUUCCGGAUCAGUAAAGAAUCUCUCGCUGACAGAGCCCUCCUGCCACACGUGCUGUGCAAAAACUGUGUGGUUGAAUUGAACUUCGGUCAGAAGGAGGAGCCCUUCUUCCCAAUUCCUGAGGAAUAUGUGUUCAUCCACGCCAUCCCGGUUGAGGACCGAGUGCGCACGCCUCUUCCGCCCAAAACCACAGAGGAGUGUGAGGUACUGCUGAUGGUUGGACUGCCAGGGUCUGGGAAGACCCAGUGGGCACAGAAGUACACCCAGGAAAAUCAAGAGAAACGAUACAACAUCUUGGGAACAGAGACUGUUCUCUACCAGAUGAGGACAAAGGGCCUUGAGGAUGAAGAGAUGGAUCCCAAGAGCCGAGACCUGUUAAUCCAGCAAGCUGCCCAGUGCCUUAGCAAGCUGGUCCAGAUUGCUCCCAGGGCAAAGAGAAACUACAUUCUUGAUCAGUGUAAUGUGUAUAACUCUGGCCAGCGACGGAAGCUGCUUGCCUUCAAGGGUUUCUCUCGCAAGGUGGUUGUGAUUGUCCCCAAUGAGGAAGACUGGAAGAAGAGGCUGGAGCUGAGGAAGGAGGUUGAGGGGGAGGAUGUGCCUGAAUCGGUGAUGCUGGAAAUGAAAGCUAACUUCUCACUUCCGGAGAAGAGUGAUUACUUAGAUGAGGUGAUGUAUGAAGAGCUGGUGAAGGAGGAGGCCCAGCCACUGGUCACCAAAUACAAGGAGGAGGCCAGAAAACUGCUCCCUCCAUCUGAGAAACGGGCAAACCGUCGCAAUAAUCGCAACAAGCGCAACCGUCAGAACCGCAACCGUGGCCAGGGAUAUGUUGGUGGACAGCGCCGAGGUUAUGACAAUCGAUCUUAUGGACAGCAGCAGUACUGGGGGCAGCCUGGAAACAGAGGAGGUUACCGUAACUUCUAUGACCGGUACAGAGGGGACUAUGAUCGAUUCUACGGACGCGAGUAUGAUUACAACAGAUACCGAGAUUACUACAGGCAGUACAACCGGGAGUGGCAGAACUACUACCAAGACAGAGACCGAUACUACAGGAACUACUACGGAUACCAAGGAUAUCGGUGAAAUCCCAGCCGACUUCACCCUUCAGCCAAGAAGCUGAAUCUGUGGAGAUUAUCAUUUGCUGAUCUAGCUUUGGGGUGAUGUGUGGGGCUCUGCCCACAGUGAUUCUGGAGUCUAGUGCUCUUCAAUGACUGGUGGAGAAGGGAUCGUUUCCACCUUGGAAAAUCUGGCAGAGUUCCACGUUCCUGCUGUUGUCUCGUCUGGCAGUGCUGUGCUGGCUGGAUGUAACGUAUCCCUGGCCAAAGGCUUUGCUUUUUAGCCGAGCAAUUUGCUUCACCCCCCUGGCUAUUAAAUUUCCCUGAAAGCUUGUAAGUGGAAUCAUGAGCUGUUUUUUGGCAGAAGGAAGCACAGGAAUUUAGAAUGCCAGUCCCUAAAUUCUCGGUCUUCCCUGGCCAAAGCAGACUGUCUUGGUGAGACUCUGUUCUCUUCCCCUCUCUCCCUCCCCCCCGCCCCGAGGCUAGCAGGCUUGGCCAGGUGCUGAAUCAUCUCUGUAUAGUGUCUGUCCUCUUUAGUGGAAGAGAAGGAACAUUUCUCAGGGUUUCUGCUGGAUCUUUUCUUCAUUAGAGCGUAAUGUGUGUGUAUAUAGGCAACCCAUGCAGUGUGUAACCUUCACCUGUGAGGAGAUAGUGCUGAGAAUAGCAACAAUUUUAUACCGUAAGAAGAGGGCACAGUUGUUAAAGUGCUCCUGUGGUUUUGAUAAACUGGUAGAGCGUGUAUAUAGGAAACUAGGGAAGGCGAUUGAGUGCAGUAGUGAACCAGCCUGAAGUGGGUGGGUGAGUGUGUGUGUGUGUGUGUGUGUGUGUGUGUGUGUGUGUGUGUCCUGCCCUCCCUUCCCCUCCCCAUGGCUUGAAAACAAUAGGGUUUUGACUUUGAUAUACUCUUUAGCUGUGAAGUCUAGUCCCACAAGAGGGGAGGGGGGUUCCUGAGGACACUGUGUGAAGGAGGAUCCCUUCAGUGCUUAGAGCGUGCUUCAGUAUAAAAUUUGGGUUGUCCUCAGUCUUCAGAAUUUCUGUAAGAUUGGGUGGGAGGAGGGGGCAUAAUUUCAGAAAUUACUCCUUUCCCAGGCAAAUAGUUAUAUGUGUUGGGGGGAGGAAAGGGGGCAGCUACUUCUGUAGGGUGUAGGGAGUGCAUUCAUGGCAGAAGUGAAUGUGGCUGGCUUGUAUUUUUUGGGCGGGGGUGGGGGAUUUAUUUUCCCAUUAUGAAAUUUAGCAUUGAUCUUUACUUUUGUUUCAUUCUCAUCAGUUUGUCUCCCGCCCUGCGAUUCUUCCCCCAUCCUUCUUUCCCAGUGAGGACAGGAUACCCUCUUAGGAAGUGAAUUGUAAAUACUCUUGGUUCUGGUCCUAUAGCCUUGGAUUUGGCUAGGGAGCUAAUUAUGUCCAGUCCCCCUGUUCCUUUCCUUCCCCGCUUGAAGAUUAUCUUCUACUCUCUGUGAUUUGCUGUUUGAAAUACAAACAUUUUAAUUUGUUUUAAAAAUUGAAUUUUUUUAUUCUCUGCCUACCAUUGCAAGCUGCCCUGUCUCCAAUGCCCAUUGUCACAUCCCAGCCCAGACUAAACCCCUCCAUCCAGACCAGGACAUGGUGAGACAUGGCUCUGCCAGCACCAGAGAACACAGGUAACAGGUCGCUGGGAUCUCCCAGCCCUGUGCCACUUCCCAAUGCAAGAACUAGUGAGAAGCAGAGUUCUACUGUCUCCAACUGCGGUGCCGCAUGUGUGUAUCUGAACGUGUGACUGUGUGACGACCGUUUUUAUAACAAAGCAACUGGUAUUUUAAAUGAUGCUUCAGGCCACUAGAAAAUACUCUUGGGACAGGGGUAAAGGGGAGAAAGCAGGAGCCUGCAGUAGCUGUGUGCUGGCAAGGGUGUUCGAUGCUUUGGUAUUUUUAAAAAGUUCCUUCUUGGGGUGUGCUUUCCAAGCGGUGGGGCACAGGCAGCCUCCAGUGUGCAGAUCCUCCACAGCUUCAUUGAGUUUGGGGGACAUGGAGUAACUGGCACUGGAGCCAGGAAAGCUUAAAUCACUUCAGGAGGCACUGUCAUCGUUAACAGAAUAACUUUUGAAGCUAUAGUCCUUUUUAAAUAAAACCUGUUUUUCUGGGGAUGACUAGAACUGCCACAUCCUUGUCCGUAAGACCAAGAGAUCUUAGCGACUUCAGUAGAUGUCUUUUUCUGCACAUUUUUGUUAAAAAAAAGAGAAAAAAAAGAAAAAUUAAAUGGUAAACAAGGAAAUGCAGCCUGUUUUAGAUCUGUUAGUGUUUCAUGAUUGUACGUCUUAGUUGCUGUAGAUGGAAAGCUUGAGAGAACAUGAAGGCUGUAAAUGUUUUUACAAACUGUAAAACGUUUUGAAGUGGCCAGUAAAAGGGUUUUACCAUUGAACAUGUAACUGUGUGGUUGUUUACAUCUGUAACUUUCCUUCAGAUUCUGGCAAAUGUAGGCAAUAGCUUCCAUUUUUAGAAUAAAUAACCAUUGGCUUGAC